AUGUGCCUUCUGGAGCCCGACGACGACGGUGAAUAUCGCCUGACCAGAAAUCUGACGGAUCACCAGCUUCCUUGUUAUGCCAUUCUAUCGCAUACAUGGGGGAGCGACGACCAGGAAGUCAAUUUUGAAGAUAUAACCUUUGGUAUCGGCAAAGAUAAAACCGGCUAUAGAAAGAUCCAGUUUUGUGGAAAACAGGCUGCAUGUGACAAUAUCAAAUACUUCUGGGUGGAUAGCUGUUGCAUCAGAAAAUCGAGUGCGCCAAGCUUUCGGAAUCCCUUAAUUCGAUGGUUUACAAGAGGAUGGUCGCUCCAAGAACUUCUGGCUCCAAUAUCAGUCGAGUUCUUUUCGCGAGAUGGUAAAAGGCUUGGGGAUCAAGAUUCUUUGAAGUUGAUGAUACAAGAGAUUACAGGUAUCACUACCGAGGCGCUUCAAGGAAUACCUUUAUCAAAAUUCGGCGAUACUGAUAGGAAGAAGUGGGCGGAAUAA